CCUAUUUCCUUUCCGCCGAAGGAGCAAGGGACGACGGCGAUCAACCAUGUCGAAGCGAGGUCGCGGAGGUUCCGCUGGGAACAAGUUUCGGAUGUCACUUGGUCUGCCGGUGGCUGCGACGGUGAACUGUGCCGAUAACACCGGUGCCAAGAAUCUGUACAUCAUUUCAGUCAAGGGAAUCAAGGGGAGGCUUAACCGACUUCCGUCGGCUUGYGUCGGCGAUAUGGUUAUGGCUACUGUGAAGAAAGGUAAGCCCGAUCUCAGGAAGAAGGUUAUGCCUGCUGUUAUUGUUCGUCAACGCAAGCCWUGGCGCCGAAAGGAUGGUGUUUUCAUGUACUUUGAAGAUAAUGCUGGUGUUAUCGUGAAUCCAAAGGGAGAAAUGAAAGGAUCUGCCAUCACCGGACCCAUUGGGAAGGAGUGUGCCGAUUUGUGGCCGAGGAUUGCCAGUGCUGCGAAUGCCAUCGUAUAGGAUUGACAUAUCGGUUUGAAGUUGUUUCCAUCUUCGUUCAUUAUAUGGUAGUUCUACUUGUUGGUUUUGUGUUAGUUAUAUUUCAAGAGGAUUUCUUAGAAGAUUUAUCUUCCCAAACACUUCAUAUUUCAAAUUGCAGCCUUGGAUUAUCAAAUGAUUUUGGUUUCUUGGUUAGAAAA